AUGGAUGCCUAUGUCAUGGCGACUACUGAUGUUCCCAUCAUGCCCGUUCCAUCAGAUACAGUUGGUUAUUUAUACUAUGAAAAAUAUUCAAAUCAAUCAUGUAAUAUUGAUACAGAUAUGACACUUAAAUAUUCGAGGACAGUUGUAACACAAAACUUAUGUGUUUCGGAUGAUGUUGGAUCAAAGGUUAGAGCACUUGGAGGAACCAGUUCAUCGAUCCAGUUAAAUAUGACAGCAUCACUUGAUUGCGUGACGUCAUCUGAUACACGAACCUAUACAACUGGAUGUCCAGUGACACCAGACUCUUAUCAAAUAGUCAAUGCCUUUGCAUCAAAGAGUGCAUAUACUAAAGUGAACCCUACCAUCACAGUCAUUGGAUACAAAGAUAUACUCAUUGAAAACGGAUCGUUUGGAACAGAGCCAGCAUCAGUCUUCGCAUUCAUCUUAUGGUUUAAUUCACAGAUGAUACAGAUUGGAUCAGAUUCCAGUAUUUACAAGAUGAGCAGUCAAAUGGUUGUCUCUAUCGGUGGAUUCCCAGCUGCCACUCCAAUGUACAUUAAAUUAAAGUCCUAUGGUAUGGACUUCUCCGGUGCUCCAAUAGAAAUUAUCUCACAAUCUUUAAUUCAAUUUCCAGAUGUACCAACCAUUUCACAGUUAACUCCAAGUUUAAUAACUACUAGAAGUUUUACAGUCACAUCAACUUUACAAGGUGGAUUUAUCGGAGAGAAUGUUUUUAAAGUAACAACUUCGUAUUUAGGUACCAUUUUUAGUCCGAGUUGUAAUACGACCAAUAUUUGUACAUUGAGUGGGUUCCCACCGGGUGUUGAUGUCAGUCUCACGGUUAGAGUUACCAACAGAGGACGAGCGGCUACUUCUAGUCUUUUAGUUCCCCUCAUGGAACCAAUCACCAAUUUAGAGAUUGACAGUGUAGUUCGCAUUCCAGCUGGUAUGAAUAUUUCUUACUCUCUAUCUGGUGGAAUAGGAACCUACUACCUAAUCUCUAUUACCAAUUUAAGUACCACUGGUGGUAAUCCAGUCACAUUCAAUACAACCAAUUCAUACUUGCUAUACAAUACUACAAUCACUGCCAAUUAUUCAAUCGUCGUUGAUGCUUUCGAUGAUGGAACUCAUCUAUCAACUCAAACUACCUAUGAAUAUAAUUAUAAUUUAAAAAUGGAAAUUCAAAUUAUUGAUAUUAGAACUACAAAAGUAUACUUAUUGCCAAUUGUUAAAGGAGUGAUACCAAACGUUUCAACUAAUUUUACGGUUAGUUUGAAUGGUAUUGCUGAUCCAAUUGAUUAUACCGAUUUUGUAGAGUUUUCGUUAUCUACGCUACCAGACACACUCAACAAAGUUUGUAUGUUUGCAGUUGACGCCAAUCUUAGAAGUUCACCUAGUACAUGUAAAGUUGUCAGUCCCCCAACAUCCAGUAGUAUCCUACUCAAUGGAAUAACAAUUGCAUCCAAUACCUUUAAUAUCAAUGUAACCAUUGUAAAUGAUAUUACAACUUUAUUAUUUCAAUCUUCAUUUAAACUUUAUUCAUUCCCAGGAAUUAUUGAAUUCAAAAAUAUUGUAGAUUAUGAAACUGUUAAUUUAACAUGGGUGGGAAUGGGAGGUAUGCCAGGUAAUAUCACAUACCAAGUAUCUAUAUUCAACCCAAAUGCAACUGGUCCACAACUCGUAUCAAAUGUUGUUUGUAAUGGACUAGGUAUUUCAAAAUGUAGUGUCACUCGACUGACUUCAAAUUCAUACUAUGGUUUCACUCUUAAAAUGUCGUCUGUUCAAUUUGAUCCAAUUGAAUCAACUAUUUAUGUUCAUACCUUAACUUAUCCAAAUAAUUAUACAUGUAUUGAUCAUCAAGGUAUAAAUAAUACAGUUGAAUGUAAUGGAUUUGGUCAAUGUAUAAAUGGUACAUGUUUAUGUGUGAAUAAUAGAAUUGGAAUUUAUUGUGAAACUCCAACAACUGAUCAAGGAGGAAACAGUGGUAAUGGAACCAAUGUAGAUCCAAACCCAUCGGUUCCAGAGAUUGUUAUUACCAACUCGAAUAUAUUCUAUCAAUUUGUAGUCUCUCAAAUCAGAGAGGUCGAUGUUGACGAUCAUGUUAUCACCAACUUGGAUCUAACCACUUUAAAUUGGACUUUAAAAAAUGAAACGACUACUCUUAAUAACUUGGUUACAAGUUUUUGGAAUUAUUCAUCAGUUGCAACCAACACAAGUAUAAAGUAUUUAAAUGCCAUUCAUAUCAACUUUAUACAAAUUAAAUAUCAAGAUGACACAAAUAUUAAUGGAGAAGAAUCAAAGAUACCAUUAACAUUUGCAGGUCAAUUAUUUUAUAUUGAUGUUGGAGCUAUCAAAUAUACAAUUGAAAUUGAUGGUUGGCAUUUUAAUGGUAGAUUAAAUACACUUCAAUUGGUAACAAAUGUAACUCAACCAGAGCAAGUUGAUGAAUGUGGUGAUGGUAGUGGAAGUGUUGACUCUGCCGACUUGGAUAUUCAAUUUAAUGGAAACAUUGUAACAAACUCUACGGAAUUUACAUCAUUCUUUGUUGGAAAGGAUCAAAUGAUUUUGGGUAAAUUAUUGAAUCGUGCACUAUUGGAUGAUAUCCCAAGAAAGAUUGGAUACACAGUUGCACCAUAUACCAACCCAUCCAACCAACAACAGAUGCUCAGUAUUGUAACACUCAUCCCUUACUUUACAUCCAAUGCUGUCAUGGAUCCAGAUCUCUCUCUUUUAAUCAAUGUCGACAGUGGAAAGAAUGAAUGUUCUUCACCGUCGUCCAACACUUGGAAGAUUGCUGUCGGUGUGGUUGUUGGUGGUGUUGCUGCUAUUACCAUUGCUACAGCAUCUAUCAUGUAUUACAGAAAGAAAAUGACCUAUGUAAAGAAUCAAAAAAAGAUGGAAGCAAAAUUAAAAAAUUUCAAUUAG